GUCCCUAUCCCUGUGGAUACCACACAAUGGAUCACUGAUCAACCUACCGCUCUGCCCCUCUGCCCCUCUGUCCUUACCCUCAAGAUAUAGCUGUGUCGCAUUCCCCCUAAACAGACGAAAACUUCAAAACUAAUGAGACCCCUCUGUUAUAGAUGGCUGGUUCCGCGAGAUCUCGGACAUGUGGCCCGGUCAGGCUAUGACGCUGAAGGUCAAGAACGUCAUCCACCACGAGAAGAGCAAAUACCAGGAUGUCCUGAUCUUCGAAUCCACCGACUACGGAACCGUCCUGGUUCUUGACAAUGUCAUUCAAUGCACUGAGCGCGACGAGUUCGCAUACCAGGAGAUGAUCACCCACCUGGCAAUGAACUCUCACCCAAACCCCAAGAAGGUCCUGGUCAUUGGUGGUGGUGAUGGAGGUGUUUUGCGUGAGGUCAUCAAGCACGACUGUGUUGAGGAGGCCACCCUGUGCGACAUUGACGAGGCUGUCAUCCGUCUCUCCAAGAAAUACCUCCCCGGAAUGGCCAUUGGCUUCCAGCACCCCAAGGUGAAAGUUCACGUUGGAGAUGGUUUCAAGUAUCUGGAGGAUUUCAAGGACACAUUCGAUGUCAUCAUUACCGACUCUUCUGACCCAGAGGGACCAGCAGAGAGCCUGUUCCAGAAGCCAUAUUUCGAGUUGCUCUACGGAGCUCUCAAGGAGGGGGGUGUCAUUACCACACAAGGUUCCGAGAACCAAUGGCUCCACCUUCCAUUGAUCACCAAGCUCAAGAAGGACUGCAAGGAGGUCUUCCCCAACGUCGAGUACGCCUACACGACCAUCCCAACUUACCCCUCCGGACAAAUCGGCUUCAUGGUUUGCUGCAAGGACGCCAACCGAGACCUCACCAAGCCCCUGCGCUCUUUCACACCUGAGGAGGAGGAGAAGCUCUGCAGAUACUACAACGCCGAUAUCCACAAGGCCUCUUUCAUCCUGCCAACCUUCGCUAGAGCCGCGCUGCGAUAG